AGUGUAUUUUAGAUUUCUCUUUGAGAGAUCUUCUAGGUAUAUUUAGUGUAAAUUUUUGUCCAUGGAACCAAUUAAACGAGGAAUAUUUUUUGACGAAUUUUUGAUGGACAUGCAGUAGGUGAACAAGAAGAUAAUAGACAUAUUCAUUGUUGAUCUAAUUUUGUAGAUAUUCAAGAUCUGAAGACUGAUUCCAGAUCAGCAUUGCAAGUUAGAUCUUCAAAAUUUAUAAAUUAGAAGGUUUAUCUUUCACUUUUGGAAUGUAGAAUUGCGAUUAGAUUAGUGAUGUUAAUUAGAUCUAGAAUCAUGGCUCUCUUCUGUCAUAUUAGAUUUAGCUGAUUCUUAUACAAAUCUUCUAUAAUUUUGUAUAUUUUGAUAUGUUUUCUAAUAAAAUAUAAUUAUCGUUUGGUAAAAAAGAACUAGUACAACAAAUAAUAUAAACCUAAUUGGGCAUUUUAAAAUGCAAUAAACGACAACUAGAUGACUAAGCAGCCAAUGUCUCUUGGAGCUUGAAGAUGAUGGAAUCUUUUGGAGUUCUUAAUGAUUGGAUUUAGCUUUAUACCGAACACAUUAUAAACAGAAACACAAAAUAAUAAUCCCCCCUGGUCACACAAUUGAGCGCAUAAUUAGUAUAAUCAGGUGCUCUAUUAGUGGUGAUCAGGGUGAGUGUGUGACUGUGUGAAGCUUUUGAUUCUUUGGUGAACAGCUAAAGAAAUUUGAUCAAGAAAUCAAAUGGCAGCACAAAAUUCAUCAUCUCCUCCCGCCAAGAAAUUAGAAGGGAAAGUCGCAAUCAUCACCGGCGGCGCAAGUGGCAUCGGCGAAGCAACAGCCAGGCUUUUCUGCAAUCACGGCGCAAAAGUUGUGAUCGCCGACAUCCAAGACGAAAAGGGUCAAGAAGUUUGCGACUCAAUCGCCUCCGGCUCCGGCAUAUGCAGCUACGUUCACUGUGACGUCACCGACGAAGAACAAGUCAAAUCCACGGUGGACCACACCGUCCAAACGCACGGAAAACUAGACAUCAUGUUCAGCAACGCCGGAAUCCUAACGAAAACCGAUCAGGAAGCCCAGAUCACGGACCUCGAUUUGACCGACGUCGACCGACUCUACGCGGUCAACGCGCGCGGCACCGCGGCGUGUGUGAAACACGCGGCGAAGGCCAUGGUGGAUCACCGCGUGAAGGGCAGCAUCGUAAUCACCGGGAGCACCGCCGGCGUGUGUGGGGCGGACGCGAGGAUCGGGUAUCAUAUGACGGAGCACGCGAUUCAGGGGCUGAUGAGGUGUGCCGGAAAGCAACUGGGGAGAUUCGGGAUCAGGGUGAACUGCGUGUCGCCGUCGGUGGUGGUGACGCCGUUAAUCUGCAAUAUAUCGGGGAGGAGUAAGGAGGAACUUGAGAAGUUCUUCCAGAAGACGACUGAUUUGACGGAUCGAGCGCUGGGAGUUGACCAUGUUGCGGAGGCUGUAUUGUUCUUAGCUUCGGAUGAUUCUGGGUUUAUUACUGGUCAUAAUUUGAUGGUUGACGGCGGUCAAUCUUCUUGAAAUCCCAAAUUGGAUUAAUUUGUUUUACCUCCUCAGAGGAAACCUCUCUGUACUUCAAUCCAAAUUCGCCGGUCAGUGUAAUAAUUUCAAACAUCCGACGUAGGAUUAUUUUGUGUAAAAUGAUUUUCCAAUUUAAAUUUUUACUUCAAACAUUUUCUUCUGUCUCAAAAAAAAAAUUUCACAUCAUAUAUUGAAUUUUGUUUAGUUAUAGUACAAAAUAUAAAAGUGAAUUGUUUAGUUUUUGUUUUACAAAGAUAGUAUAAUCAUUUCAAAUCGGAAAAAUAUGUACAUAAAGUUAAAAUUAUUUAUUUUUCUUUUUUUUUCCUUAAAAAGAAGAAGAAAUAUUUUUUUUUAAAUUAUACUAAAAAUAAAAAUUUAAACUGAAGACUAUUUUGGACGAAGGGAAUGCGAAAUUGUAUUAUUCUCAUCUCUUUUAGCUGUACUCCUCUUAUAUAGGGUCAUUUUGAAAAUCACAAAUAGGGAUGAUUAAUGUAUACAUCCUAACGUUUAUACCCUACUAGCAAAUUCUUCCUAAAGUUUUAGAAUUUGUUAAUUACAUUUCAAGGUUAUCAAAAUUGAGCAAAUCCAUCCCAUGACCUGCAAACCAACAAAAGUGACGUGGUAUAACAUGUAAAAUCAUUU